AUGACUGUUUAUGAGCAAAUACCAACGCCCGCCGCCGGCGUGGAGCGGGAUCCGGGACGUUCCACUGAGCCCAGGCACCGGAUCCCGUCACCAGACCCAUUCAGUCACCAGGCCCAUCCCGUCACCAGACCCAUCCAGUCACCAGACCCAUCCAGUCACCGGACCCAUGCCGUCACCAGACCCAUCCCAUCACCAUGCCCAUCCCGUCACCAGGCCCAUCCCGUCACCAGACCCAUCCCGUCACCAGACCCAUCCCGUCACCAGGCCCAUCCCGUCACCAGGCCCAUCCCGUCACCAGACCCAUCCCGUCACCAGGCCCAUCCAGUCACCAGGCCCAUCCCGUCACCAGACACAUCCCGUCACCAGGUGCAAGCAGUGGGCGGAUUGCAGACGUUAAGAAAGAAAGGUUUUAACGGGUGCGACAGCCCCGAACCGGACGGGGAUGACUCCAUUGACCAGAGCCCCCUCAUGGAAGACAAAUACCGCAAUGGGACCCCCAAGUCCGUUCCAGCGUUCUCUUGUAUGUAUGUAUGUAUGUCGCACACGUAUGAUGCACCUGUUGUGAUCUCACGGCUCUGUUGUGUUCAGUCUGCAGUUCCAGCCCCCAACUUCGCCAUGCCGGUGACGGUGCCGGUGAGCAAUCAGAACGCACUGCAGUUCAGCAACCAGGCCGGCUCUCUGGUCACGCAGUCCCUGAUGACGGCAUCGCUCACAGACCCGCGACUCCUGUCUCCACAGCCGUCCAAUAUGCAGAGGAACACGGUAUCUCCGGGGCUACCUCAGAGGCCAGCGAGCGCAGGUAGCGAUCUCUGUGGCACAUUGUCUGAAUAUGGUUCUCCCUCUUCUAAUUUAGGCAACGGGUACAUCAGCGCACGGGCCUCUCCGGGCCUCAUGCCGGUAUCCAACGGCAACAGCAUGGGCAAGGUCAUCCCGGCCAAGAGCCCUCCGCCUCCCUCCCAGAACAAUCAGCUCGGCAACAACAGUCGCAAACCCGACCUGCGCGUCAUCACCUCACAGAGCGGCAAAGGAUUAAUGCACCAUAUGACGGAGGAGCAGUUGGAGAUGAACAUACAGCGGUUAGGAGGAGCUUCACAAGCGGCUCACUCUUUAACGACCCCGGUUGUUUCCGUGGCAACGCCCAGUUUACUGUCCCAUCAUGGACUGCCUUUCUCCGCCAUGUCCACAGCGUACAACACAGAAUACCAGCUGACCAGCGCAGACUUAUCCUCCCUUCCUACGUUCAGCUCUCCGGGCGGGUUGUCGCUGUGCAACGUGUCCGCCUGGCAACAGCAGCAGCAGCACCAACAGCAGCAACAGCACCAACAGCACCACCAAGCGCAGCAGCUGAUUUUUUUACUGUUAUGACAUCCCAACCGGGAGCGGAACACGGGCACCCCCCUGACGUCCUUCUCCCACCAGAGCCGCCACGACGCCACGGGCCGCUCCCCCGUCGACAGCCUCAGCAGCAACGCCAGCUCCUUCGAAGGCAACGACCGAGAAGACGGGCGGCCCGACUACACCUCAUCUCUCGGGCUCCUCAGACCCUCGGGCGACGCCGACGGCGAGAGCCAGUCCGUAAAGCGCAUGCGGCUCGACGCAUGGGUAACAUAACUGCUCCUAUAGGUGGUCGGCGCCCUUCCCCCCCGAAAGCUUCGUUCUUUUGCUCGCCGAGCACCGAGAGUGCGAGCCGGAGGAUGAGGUGCUGCUCGGGAGAGGGGGCGGGGCGGUAUGGGGUAGUCCCCGGUGAGGUCUAAUGCUGUAGGGUGGGUUACCUAUCAUUAACUGCCUGAGAUAUAGCUUUAGUAUUUGGUAGGCAUUCUUCCUAGUCCAACGCUUUGGGCAACGUCUGCAGGUGGCACCAGACUCCAUGGCGGCA